AUGGUGGGCCAGGUGAAGAACACGUUCAUUAGCGUGCACAUCCCCUCCACGCCCUCUGGCGCCGUGCAGCAGCCCAUGGCCUCCGCGCCCGCCAUGGUGCAGCGGGCGUCCCUGCAGGACUCCCUCGCCGCCGCCGCGGAGCGGGCCGACAGCGGGGAGGACGGCGCGGCCGCCGCCGCCGGCGAGGCCUACGCCUUCGGCGAGGUCGUGCCCAGCCCCUCCAACAGGGUGAUGCAGGGCCGGACCAGGCCUGCGGCCUUGGCGGAGAGCCCGCCAGCCAUGGCCGCCAUCCCCGAGAGCCCCUCGGCCGCUGCGGGGCUCAGAGUCUACGCGAACGUCUCCUCGUCGGUCCCACCGACGCCGCAGAUGUGCUACUCGGCCCUGACGACGCCAACAGGCACGCCGCAGGCCAUGCAGCGGACAACGCUGCCCCUGGGCAAGAUGAUCCAGAGCCCCACGGCGGACGCGAAGGCACAGAUGAUGCAGUCGGCCUACCAGCAGGUCUACAUGCACGCUCCGACCGUGACGCAGGCACCACCGCAGUACUACACGCCCCCGCAGCACUUUCAGGCUGGCACGGACGGCGCCGGCUGGCUGAGGCUGCGAGCCCGUCCCCGCGUGCUGCCCGAGGCAGGGCCGCAGGGCGGGGCCCUCGUCGGCUGGACACCCGAGGCGGUCCUCGGGGACGACUCCGAGCUCUCGGCGCGGCUCAGGCUCGUGGCACCCGUGCUCGCAGCAGCGAUUGCGGGCAAGCUGCCGAGCAAGCUGCAGGUGGCGCGGCGCAACACGGCAUCUCAUUGUUUCAAUGUCAAGGCUGUAGUCUUGGAGAGUGCGUCCCAGUCCGAGCUGAACUCCAUCCAGCGGCAAUCGAAGGCUCAGGCGAUAUCCCAUGGUCCUGCCUUGCCGCCCAUGCUGUCAGUGAAUGCGCUCUGGGUUGCGGACCUCGAGCGGACCCUGGCGGAGGACGGCUCUGAGGGUGAGCAGGCGAGAGAUCGGGCCCCUGUGGGGGAUGACUGCCCUGCUGGUGGUGCUGCUGCUGCGGCCGCGUGGGGCGUCUACAUCAACGAGCGGUUUGAGGAGCUGCAAAUGUGGUCGCCCUCGGCGGCUUCUUCCUCUUCGUUCGUCCGCCGUCGUAAGCGCGUCGAUUACAUCUCGGAGCGCACCACGGAGCUGGAGGAGUGGAAGGUGUCGGCAGCGUCAUACGCAGACCGUCGAUUCGUUCGGAAGCGCAAGCAGAUCGACCUUUUCGGACGGGAAGCUCUCGGGGCCAAGGACUGGGGCGCCUCAGAUGUUUCUGCCAGCGACUGCAAGCAAUCGUAG